AUGCCACCAGGAACAAUGGGUUGGCCUAUUUUUGGUGAGACUGCAGGGUUUCUCAAACAUGGACCAGAUUUCAUGAAAGCCAAGAGAGCAAGGUAUGGAAAUCUCUUCAAGUCUCACGCAUUAGGCUCUCCUGUUGUUAUCAGCAUGGAUCCAGAACUAAACAGAUACAUCCUCAAGAAUGAAGCAAAGGGUCUAGUUCCAGGCUACCCUGUGUCCAUGAGGAAUAUACUAGGGAAUGGCAACAUUGCUGAAGUUCAUGGUGCUCCUCAUAAACGUAUUAGAGGGUCAAUAUUAUCAUUCAUUGGUCCGGCUGCAAUUAGAGGUCAUCUUUUGCCAGAAGUUGACAAGUUUAUGCGGUCUUUCCUUGACAAUUGGGCUGGUACAACCAUUGAUAUUCAACACAAAACCAAACAGAUGGCAUUCUUUGUAUCAAUGAAGCUGAUUGUAGAAAAUGAACCAAGUCCUUUCCAUGAGACCUUUAAAGCUACAUUUGACAACAUAGUGUCAGGAACGUUUUCUCUGCCUAUUAAAAUUCCCGGCACCAAUUACUUUCGAGGACUUCAGACAAGGAAAAAAGUGGUUGCAACACUGAAAGAGGUUUUAGCAAAGAGAAAAUCUUCUUUGGAUACUCAUGCUGACAUUCUUGACCAGCUUAUGAGAAAUGAGGAUUUCAAAUACAGACUUAAUGAUGAAGAAAUAAUCGAUCAAAUAAUCACAUUCUUAUACUCAGGAUAUGAAACUGUAUCAACUACUACAAUGAUGGCUGUCAAAUAUCUCCAUGAUAAUCCUAGAGUUCUUGAAAAAGUAAGGGAAGAGCAUUUUGCAAUCCAACAAAGCAAAAAACAAGAGGAUGUAGUAAGCUGGGAUGACUAUAAGCAUAUGCUUUAUACUCGUGCGGUGAUUUUUGAAACCUUGAGAUUAGCUAACAUUGUUAAUGGGGUAUUGAGGAAGACCACCACAGAUGUAGAAUUGAAUGGAUUUACCAUUCCUCAGGGUUGGAGAGUUUAUGUUUACACAAGGGAGACAAACUGUGAUCCCUUCCUUUAUCCAGAGCCUUUCAAUUUUGACCCCUCUAGAUGGCUGGAGAAAGGCUUGGAGUCUCAUAACCAUAACAUGUUGUUUGGAGCAGGAGUUAGGCUAUGUCCUGGAAAGGAAUUGGGAAUAGUUAUAAUCUCUAUUUUCCUUCACUAUUUUGUCACUAAAUACAGGUGGAAAGUCGAGGGAAACAAACUGCUGAAGUUCCCGAGGGUUGAAGCACCGAAUGGUCUACACAUAAGGGUCGCAAAAUGCUAG